AGGACAUGCUGGGACUGGCAGGUCGGACAGAGGUGGAGCCUCAGAGGCAGGAACCUGUUUGAAGGAUUCAGAAUCAGAGAAUAACUGGAUCAGGAUGUUUGGAUCCAACUUCUGCUGCAGGUCACUGAGAAUCAGCACUGACCUUUGACCCUUCAUCAGAAGAGUCAUCUAUCUGAGGGGGCGGGGCCAAGGAGCAGAGGGAAGUAAAAAUGGCAGCUACUUCCACAGUACUGUCUAGGGGUCUUGGACUGGUCCUGGUGGUGUUCAAGUAUGAGUACGAGGACAGGGACGGAGUCCUAGUCUCCAUCAAACCCAAUGAGCGCUAUGUCCUGUUGUCCAAGACCAACGACCACUGGUGGCAGGUCCGGAACGACAGCAACUCCAAACCCUUCUACAUCCCAGCCAAGUACGUCAAGGAGCUGCCCACAGAGUUCCCGUCUCCAUUGGACUUUGCUGAUCCACCUGGUCCAGAGCCAGUCCCUCAUCCUGUGGCAGUUCCUGUUCCUGUUCCAGUCCCAGUUCCAAAAAAUCUGGAGGAGUCCGGAGGGACCAGAACCAAACAAAAUGAUGAAGUGAUGAUCCGCCUCAGACCCGAUACUGCAAAUCGGCACCACCGGAAUGAGAACCGCAUGUCCACGUUCGGCAUACCUCUGGACUUACCAGACCUGACACAUGUUGGGCCAUCAUCAAGGGUCCACAGCAACCACGCUGCUGCUUCUGCUGAGACCAGAACCAUAGCUUCCACUGGGACUACAAACAUGGCUGACAGUAAAAAGCAGCCCCACAAGCAGGGGCUCCUGGAGGACCAGCAGGAUUCUGGGAAACCACGAGUUCCCAGCUUCAGUCCAGCAGACCCUAGGACUCCCAGUCGGCCCCAGAAUGAGCCCAUCCCUGUGGAGAUGCCAGUGGUUCCCCCUGUCAGCAAAACACCUGAAGGUCACAAUGAUAAGCAUAAGAAAGAGGAACCAGAAGAGGAGGAAGAAGAGAAGCUGGCUGAGGAGGCGACAAGCUCAGAGAGCAGUGAUGAAGAGGAGGAGUACCGAGGUCACCACAUCUACGAGUCCAUCCAGGACCUGAACCUGAACCUGGAGGCUCUGAGCAGAGAGCAGAAGGGUUCAACACCAGCACCUGGAUCAGCAACUCCUGUUGUAGACCCGCCCUCCUCACAGGACCAAAGCUCACUCAACCCUAGCUCACCCAUAUAUGCCAACGUCUCUUCCCUGAAGAAAACUUCUCAGCCUCAGAUCUCCAUCUCCUCCCCGCCACCUGCAGACCCAGAACUAGGACACACCCUCCUAUCAACAAGCUCCUCCUCCGGCAUGAUAAGCCCCGCCUCCCCUGUCAGCCCACAGGAUGAAUGGCAGGUACACACUGAUCAGGAUAGUGGAAGGAAGUUUUUUUACCAUCCUCUUACCAAACAGACCACCUGGUCGGACCACCGAGGCCCCACUCCGGCUGGAGACAAGGAUCCAUGCAGUCCGCUCUCCCCGGCCUCCUCUCAGGGUUCUUGUGAGUGGGAGCAGCUGCUGGAUGAGGCCUCAGGGAGAGUCUACUACUACAACCCCAACACAGGAGCCACAUCCUGGGCUCUUUCUGACCAAACAAUCCCUUCAUCUCCUCCUGGAUCCACAGCCAGCAAAAAGCAGGAUGACGACCUGCCUCCUCUACCGAAGGCAGAUUAUCCUGUGGACAGACACAACGAUAAUGGAGACAGUGUCUUUACGCAUCCUCAGCAGCAACUGCCUCAGAUUUCCAGAGCUCAACUGGAACUGAAGGAUCCAGGCAACCCGGAGAGGCAGCAGGAGCAGAGGCUAAUGGGAAAUGGCGUUUCUGUGGGGGGAGAAGCUCUGCAGGUCAGGAAUAUUAGACACAGCAUCGCUGAAGAUAUGUUCUCCCCGGGACACAGAAGGAUCGCCUCGGACCUCACUGACGCUUCCAGGAAACAUUCUCCAGACAGUCCACAGCUUCCUAAUAGGCUCAAGCUGAGGAGGAAUCUGUCCAACCACAGCACAGGCAUCCCCAAGCACCAUUGCCAUCAGCUGGAAAAGGCAGGAAUUGUUAACAAGACCAAAGUAGUUGAUCAUGGCAAAAAGAUAAGGAAGAACUGGAGUCAGUCCUGGACCGUCCUCCAUGGUGGGAUUCUUACUUUCCACAAAGACCCCAAAUCUGCUCCGGCUGGGAACGCUAACAAAGCUUCACAGAUUGUUCCCGAGUACACUGUGGAGCUGAGAGGAGGGUCAGUUCAAUGGGCAGCCAAAGACAAGUCCUCCAAGAAGUUCGUUCUGGAGCUGAAGACCCGUCAGGGCUGCGAGUAUCUGAUGCAGUACGACACUGAGAGCAUCAUCUCAGACUGGUGCAAAGUCAUCCAGGACACCAUCCACCACCUGACGCCUCAUCAGCCGGAACCGGAGCAUCUGAGUGAUGAAGAGGAUGACACAGGCUCAGACAGAGAGGACAGGAAGAGAACAUCCAACAGGAACACCUCAGCAGCAGACUCGGAGCAGAACCGGAUCCGAGGCAAACUGAAACGUUUCCUGCAGAGGAGACCAACGCUACAGAGCGUCAAAGAGAAGGGAUACAUCAGAGACAACGUGUUCGGCUGCCACCUGGAUGUCCUCUGUCACAGGGAAAACUCCACCAUUCCCAAAUUUGUGGAGAAAUGCAUCAGGACUGUGGAGAGGAGAGGUUUGGAUGUCGACGGCAUCUACAGAGUGAACGGGAACCUGGCUGUGAUCCAGAAACUCCGACAUAAAGCCGAUCACGAGGAACAUUUGGACUUGGAGGACGGACAGUGGGAGGAGAUCCACGUGAUCACUGGGGCGCUCAAGUUCUUCUUCAGAGAGCUUCCAGAGCCACUGUUUCCCUUCAGCAGCUUCGAGAAGUUCAUCGCCACCAUCCAACUUCCAGAUCACAGCCAGAGGAUUUCUUACAUGAAGGACCUGGUCCGCUCUCUGCCGCUGCCAAACUAUGACACCAUGAAGCUGCUCUUCAAACACCUGCGCAGGGUCAUUGAGCACAAAGAGUCCAACAGAAUGUCGGUUCAGAGCGUCGCCAUCGUGUUCGGACCCACGCUGCUCCGACCGCAGAUCGAGUCCGCCAACAUGACGGUCCACAUGGUCUUCCAGAGCCAGAUUGUGGAGCUCAUGCUCAACAAGUUCAAGGAUAUCUUCUCUAUAGAAGGAGCUCCACUGUCGCCUUCCAGAACCUUCUGAGCAACAUAUGUUGAAAUGAACAACAAUCUCCCAAUACCUGUAGAACCUCUAGCAGAUUCAUUCCAACCAGAACCAAUGGGACUAAACCCAUUUAACUUUAAAGAGAACCAUCAAAGAACUCUGGCCUGGUUCUGAAACUUCUGGAAAAGGUUCAUUUUAAAGAACUAAGUCACAUCAAAUGGACCUAGUGUCAUCUAAACAGUCAGGAAUACAUCUCUGACUCUUACUGGAACCUUUUGGACUCAGUUUUAUUCUUUUGAAUGAGGAUAUUCCAACACAGAAAUGGAUCUAAAUGUAGAACCUGCUAGAAUCAGCACACCUGAAUCCACUAGUCAUUAAUUACACACCUGAGAGAAACCUCCAGAAGUGAGAAACUGGUUCUGAAGAUUAUCUGUUGUACUGACGAGAAUCUCCCAACACCCACAGAACCAAAGUCCAACCAGGAGAACCUGGAAUCACCAGGACCAAAAGUUUAAAUGUUUUCAUCUCAAGAACGGGCCUAAAAGUAGAACCUGCUGGGAACGUCCCUCCGUACUAGAACUGGACCCUUCUUUAAGGACACUGAGUUCCAGAUCCCUCCAGAACCUCCAUGUUGCAUUGAUCCCCGUUCUCCUCCUAAAUAAAAUUAUUUUUACCAGUAAAGUGUGGUCUUCAACCCCACAAACUGAUGUUCUGACCUCCUGACCUCGUCCAGAACUUUGAGCCUCAGAUAACACCGAUGACCUGUUCUAGUUCAGUUUAAGUUAUUACUUGUUUGGAUCCUGGAGGUCCGUUUAUGUGCUCCCUUUCAUUUCUAGGAAAACAGGCCAGUGCUCAAGAACUCCACUGUCCGGGUUGCUUGUAUAUGUUUUCCAGAAUGCUGCAGAACCAUUUAAAAGUCCAGAUACAGAGAGAAUCCCUGCAGCUAGAACAUGUUUACUACUGAGCUGGUUCUGAAAAGCUCUUCUGCCUGUUGAUUUUGUUUGAAAGCUACAGAACAAACCUGCGCAUCAGGACACCAAACAGAACUGUAGCAGAACCUUUCCAACAUUCCAGCGUUUCAUUUUCGGAAGCUUGUGGAAUUCUGAAUCCCAUCAUUCCUUCAUGUGACGGAAACAUCUCACGCUGGGACUUUCUGACCAGAAUUAAGCUAAACAGUGUUAACUGGAACCGACCAGAACCCAAUCAAUCUUAGCAGGUUGAUGGAUCCAUUUCGGAUCCAAAUGCUUCUGUAUGCUGGAAGUUCUAAACAAUGAGGUUGAGUUAAAAAGUUCGGCUUUCACCAGUUUAUCCAUCAGGUGCAGAAAGGAGCUUUUAGUAUUUUUCAGUUCAAGCAUAGAAGAACGUUUCUUUCUAGACACUAUUCCUUAUUUUCUAAAAGAUAAAAGUCCAAGUUGCAGGUUUUCAGAUUAAUCUUUAGAGAGGGUUUCAGUAAAAGUUUAAAUGCAGACCAUCUGCAGCGCAGUUAGUCCAGUUCGGAUGCAGUCGCAGCUUUUCCUGAGGAUAGUUUUACAGCAUGAAGCUCUGUGUUAAUAACAUUUGUUCCUACAGGAGAAUGUUCUCCACUUAGACCUUACGUGGCCAAUAAUGGCAUGAAGACCAACUGGGAAGUCCUAGAAUUUAAGUCUGGAAAUGUCAGUAAUUUAAAAAUUGCUCUUCUAUAGGAGACUGGUCUACCAGUUGGUGCUGUCCGGAUACAGUUUGGAUCGUUCCCUGAUGUCAGGGCCAGGUUUAUGUUAAUCAGAAUUCAUUUUGUUAAACACUGGUUUAGAAUUCCAGCCUUCUGAAUUUAUUUCUAAAACGUUUAUUUCAUAAAGCUCUGUCUUUAUUGUUUGGGGAUUCAGAGAAAUGAUCCCAUCAUUCCCAGUGUUUGAACAAAACCCCAGAUGUCUGUCUGUAAUGCACUCAAAGAGUGAAAACGGGGACAUGUAACUCUAUAAAAGAGACAGAAGCUUCAUGAAAAGUUUCAAUCCAAAGAUGGUGUUGUAAAGUUCAGUGGGUCCAGGAUGAUUCCCUGAGGGACUCCCAAACGUCCAGAGAACAAAGUCCUUCAAAUGGUUUCUAGGGAGAAGUUUUCCUGCAACAUUUCUGCUGUAAUGAAUUUUGUUACUGAUCUUCUGUACAUUAAUUCUUUGUUUUGUACUGUUUAGAUGUAUUAGAGACACGGAACAAGGUAAACAUGAAAUAUAAAGAGUUUCUGUAAAUAGAAGGGAAUUUUAUUAGCAAUAAAGUCAUCUAUUAAACCAGGAA